UUCUGCCAUUUCACACCAGGGAAGAAAGUCUUAAGGAGUUCUUGCUUCAACAGUGUUUGAACGGAACUUCUUCCUUCGUCCCUCUUUUGUUUCUACACGUCUACAUUCCGGAACCCAACAACCUUUACUACUUGAACACUACUGAAAAAAGUCGCCGUAAAGCUCUAUUUUUGUACUGUUUUGUAAAGAAAAAGCGCAAGAAACGCCAGCCAAAAUGGAGUCCCAAGUGCGUCAGAACUACCACCGCGACUGCGAGGCCGCCAUCAACCGAAUGGUCAACAUGGAGAUGUUUGCUUCUUACACCUACACUUCCAUGGCCUUCUACUUCUCCCGUGACGAUGUUGCUCUUCCAGGCUUCUCCCAUUUCUUCAAGGAGAACAGCGACGAGGAGAGGGAGCACGCUCAGAAGCUGCUGUCCUUCCAGAACAACAGAGGAGGACGCAUCUUCCUCCAGGACAUCAAGAAACCGGAGCGUGAUGAGUGGGGGAGCGGGCUGGAGGCCAUGCAGUGCGCCCUGCAGCUGGAGAAGAACGUCAACCAGGCUCUGCUGGACCUGCACAAGCUGGCCUCUGAACACGUAGACCCACAUCUGUGCGACUUCCUGGAGACCCACUACCUGAACGAGCAGGUGGAGGCCAUCAAGAAGCUGGGUGACUACAUUUCCAACCUUAGCCGCAUGGACGCCCACACCAACAAGAUGGCGGAGUACCUGUUUGACAAGCACUCCCUGGGGGGAAAGAGCUAAACAGAGUCCCAGGAUGAUAAACACGCCUUCUGUUCCAGCUGUUCACUCUCUGAGCGUGAUUCUAUAUCUAAUCUGACCUAUGAAGUUGAUGAGUUCUCGUCUGUUCUGGUGGUGUUGCUGGUUUUUGAUGUCCUAUAGAAGGAUGGAUAUUAAUUGGGUUGUCGCUUUGCCUUCAUUACCUGUAUGCCUCCUCCUGUGACAUUUUUGUUUCUGAUCUGUUAAUCUGAAUAAAAAUUUUGAGCUGGA